UUGAUAGAAGCAAUAGAGAACCGUAUUACAACUUCAAAAUUAAUAUCAGAAUCGAUGCACGUUGAGGCAAUAUUUUUAGCAACAAUUGGUGUCUGCUGCAUCAUGGCUUGUAUAGUACCUGGCACAGAAUUCUGGCUUGCUUGUCGUCCAAUUAGAGAGGAUUACAAACCUUGCCGGUAUCCGGAGGUCCUUGCGUUUCUUCUGGCAGCUUUUGUCUUCCUACUCGGCUCGUGCAUGGUCACCAUGAUGGUUUGCAACGAAUACGCGAGAACUGGAAUCGAGAAGAUUCCCAUAGUCGUGGAAACUGCAUUACAGGAUCUCGAAAACUAUCAUCAAGAUACUGCAACACAACUGAGAAAAUGUCUGACGAGAAGUCUCGAUGUUACUAGCGAAGCCAUACUUGCUGAUUUAGAUAAUGUGGAAGAACUACUUGGCAAACCAGUUCAAGGAGAACUCGCAUCAGAAACAGGCCUUGACGUUGCAUUGGAUGCACUCAUGGAUUUAGCAAAUGCAAGUCAAGAACUAUCGAACAGAGCUGAAUCUUUAUUAAAAGAAGGAGAAAAAGCACGAGAUCUCGGUGUACAAUUAAAUCAAGAAACCGAUGUGAUUAAACGAGAUUUAGAUAAUGCAAUCAGAAUGUGUUCUGCACAAGAUCGUUCUCUUUGUUCUGUCAUUGAUCCAUCUGGCUUACGUUUCACUCUGCAUAUGGAACAACUAUUAAGGGACGAUCGUAUUUUGCGUUUACGCAGCAAUAACAAAGAAAAUCUCACCGAGGUUGGACGUCAAGUACGAGGAGAAUAUCUCUACUUACCCCAUUACAUCGCAAGAAAUACUUUGGAUGCGAGAAAUCAAAUUCGUCGCGAGAUAAAUGUAGCACGUGCAAGGAUUUUCCAGAAGACAAGGAUCAUGGAAACGAGCAGCACGGAACUUUCGAAACAACUCAAAUCUGCGAAAGGUAUCGCGGAUUAUGUUUUACCCUACGUCAUUGCGUUCGAACAAAAUAGAUGGUUAGUUGGACUAGGUACUUUCCUCUGCAUUUUACCCGUCUGGUUAUUAUUACUCGGUGCAGUACGUUGUCAUUGCAAAUCUUCUGAGAAUAAAAUUCGAUCUACCCUCUUGUGUACCGUCUUUACGAGCUGUUUCAUUUCGAUUGGUUUAUGGGGAAUAUUCGUAAUAAGUUUAGCGUUGUCUGGUCACAUCGAGAUGUUACUUUGUCGACCACUUCAUGAUCCUGAAUAUCGUACAUUGGAAGCUGUUUUAGAAACCCGAGCUUUUUUAGGAAGAAGAUUGAGCGUACCUUUGAAGGAUAUGUUCGAAAAGUGCGAAAAAAACGAAGCUGCUUAUACUGCAUUUAAACUUGACCGUACAAUGCAAUUAGAACAACUUACGGAAUAUUGGAUGUGGACUGGAAUGUCCAGAGCUAAAUCUAAAUUAAAAGUUGAUUUAAAGGGAUUAAAAAUAUUGACACCUAACUUGCAUCAAAGACUUCAAAAUCUUCUUUACGCAUGCGGACCUAAUCUUACCGAACAUAGAAUUAUGAUACAAGGACCAAUUUUAAGUAAAGAUCCUAAUGCUUUGUCUGAUCAAUUGGAUAGCAUUGCACGUCAACUUAACGAUAGAAAUGUUGCGAGAAAUUUGCAAAUGAUCGGUUCCAAUAUGAGAGAAUUAACAUUGCGAAAAGUAAAACCAUUGAUGAAGAUACAAGAUAAUUUGGUGUAUCAAAUAGCCGUAUUGGAAUUACAAUUGUUACCAUUCCAACGACAGAUCAAUCAAUCUAUUUCACAUUUAAAAACAAUUCAAUAUUACAUCGAUAAUCAAGGAGAUAAAAUAGCUCAAUUGAAAGGAAAAACAUUUAUAAAUCGAUUAAAUAAUUAUUUAGAUCAAUGGAGAACUCACGUGAUUUCCGAAAUGGAUAGCGGUGUUUCGAAAUGUCGACCAUUAUGGGAAAUAUUAAUAGGAACAAGAUUUCUUUUGUGUAAUCACAUUUUAGGUCCUUUAAAUGGUUUCUGGUUUGCUACGUUGAUAUGUGCAAUUAUUAUGAUAAUCAGCACACCGAUUGCUCAUAUUUUAUCUUUGGUAUAUCGAAGACCGUCAUUUUCGAAGAAGGAUACAUCAUUGUUGUCGAUGAGAUCGUUAGUUUUUUUAUUAUUUUAUUUAAUAUUAUUAUAUAGAAAUGUUCUUUUAUGCACAAACAAGAACUAACACCAAUUACAUUUUGUCAUCUCGCAAAUCACAUCGAUUGUUUUACCCUCCGACUCACUUUCCACCCUUCGAUUCUAUCUCAUUAUUACUCUUGACUAUGUAUGUGUAUGUGUGUAUACAUAUAUACAUAGUUGGAAUGAGUAAGUAGGACGUUGAAUGCAAAACUACAGCUUUUGAUUGAUCUUGAAGCAACCUAAGCCGCUAACAAAUGAAACAAAAUCAACGAAUAGUUCGAAGCUUGUCGAGUGAGCUUUGGUAAACUUUCACGAUUGAACUAUUUUAACAUUUCUGACAAAGGAAACCAUUCCCAAAAUGUUUCUCUAUGAUUAUCUAUGAAGUAUUGAAAAUAGUUUAUGUGCAUUUGUAUUAUGUGCAUCGUAAUUUAAAUUUAUAAAGAUAUAUGUUUUAUAAAAAAUGAUAUGUGAAUGAUUUAUUUUUAUUAAAGAUCAUUUUAUAUUUUUAUACGAUACACAACUUACAUAUUUUUUUGUGUCCAGAGGAAGUCCGGAUACCAUGGUGGUUGGGGGUAGUUGGGAAACUCCACAGUAAGUUGAUUAAUUUUAUCAAUCUAAAUUUUAUAAUAAAAUAAAACUAAUUACGAAUGAAAUUAAAAUUGUUUACAGGCCCUCGCAAGAUGGAUGGUGAUUAAAAUUUAUUAGGAAAUGGAAGAUAUUUUAAUAAAGUUGAUACAAUUUCUUUCUCAUUUUCCAUAAAUA